AUCCACGACAUAAUACGACGACGAACGUUACAAGAGCAACACGGAGCAGCUUCAAAGGAUUCUCUAUGACGUCGGCUGGUCCCGGCCGGACCGAGACUCCAGUGCUACGGUGCAUGCACUGUGAUCGAACAUCCAUCCACACGACUCUGUCAUUCGAACACCCAUCUCGGCGCAUUAUUACUACCUUUGUGAUCUCGCUUAAGCCUUCCUAUACGAAACUGCCAUGAGCGAAGCCGAUCUCAAGACUGAGAAGCAACCAGAGGAUGUCGCUAGCACAACUAACGAGAAUAACGAGAAUAAAGAGGAGUCAAACAUAUGAAUAGGGAGAAAUCCGCUCGUGUUGUAGCUGUGAACACUGUACCCACGCAGUCUCAUGCUGAGAUCGAUACUACUGAUGAGGAAGCGGAAGCUGAGGAACAAGCGGAUAUUGACGAUUCGGAGAUCCUUGCAGAUUUGCCAGACGACACCGAGGAGAUCAAUCUCAUUCAUUCACGCCUCAGUACUGUUGGCAGCCUCGGACUGUCAAGGUUCACACAACUCAAGAAGCUAUGCCUACGACAGAACUACAUCUCCUCAUUAGAAGCUGCGGACUUCAAGGAUCUCAAAGAACUUGAAGAGCUUGACUUUUAUGAUAACAAGAUCAAGUCGAUUGGUGAUGCUCUCAAUGCAUGCACCAAAUUGGGCGUGCUUGACCUUUCCUUUAAUCUUCUUCGACAUGUACCGGACAGCCUAUCGCAUUUGCCUUCGCUGCACACGAUCUACUUCGUACAGAAUAAGAUCACGCAUAUUUCGAACCUGCAGGGCGUAGGUGGGAGUCUGCGAAGUCUGGAAUUGGGCGGAAAUAGGAUACGAAAAAUAGAAGGACUGGACGCACUUGUGAAUCUCGAAGAGCUUUGGUUGGGGAAGAACAAGAUAACGAAGCUUGAGAAUCUUGAUAAUCUCAAACGUCUCAAAAUCUUGUCGAUACAAUCAAAUAGAAUCACGAAGAUAGAAGGUCUUGACGGUCUGGAGAAUCUAGAAGAACUUUACCUCAGUCACAAUGGCAUUGAGAAGAUAGAGGGUUUGGAGCAUAAUACAAAGCUGCGUACGCUCGACAUUGGCGCAAACUUCGUGAAAGAGCUGGAGAAUGUUUCCCAGCUUCAUGAGCUUGAGGAACUGUGGAUCAACAACAACCAGAUCUCCACUUUGCAAACAGUGGAACCCCAGCUGAAGCAUAUCGAGACACUAGAGACAGUAUACUUGGAAGGAAACCCGGUUCAGGCAAAGGAAGGCGCACACUAUCGUCGAAAGAUUAUCCUUGCUUUGCCUCAACUUAAGCAAUUGGAUGCUACAUACGUCAAGCAAGUAUAGUUGUCAGCAGCAACGGACCCAUGUUUCGAGUGUGACAUUUCCGCCUCUUCUGGAUCUCUUCUGUACAUGUUAUCCACCAAUUUAAUGUAUUCCUAGCGUAGUGUACAGUACGAAGGUUGUCUGCAAGUUCAUCUAGCCUUAAUCUGGCCUCGCAUCAGAGUCCAAGACGUGAUGCAGCGCGAUGCGAAGGUGAAAUCCUACCACGAUCACGUGGGCGCGUCUGUUUUCUGCGCGGUAGCCGGACCC